AUGCAUCGCAUGACCAAGGACGUGCCACCGACAGCGGCGACUAUGACAACGACAUUAGCAGGAACGGUGCGGUUGACCCCCGUCGGAUACCGCGGCCGGUGCAAGUACAAGUCGGGGCGGUGCCCGAACGAGCGCACGCUCAAGUACAACGGCGAGGAAAUCCACUCGUUGUGCGAAGAACAUCGCGUCCGACACAACCGCAACCAGCGAAAAGCAGACACGAAGCGGCGCAAAGGGUGCGUGGAUGGAGACAGUGUCAUGCCCUCUUGGACACCAACGUCGCCGCGGGCCGCGCAAGCAAUUACGGGCUGUCCAAUGUCGGCAAUGAACCACGAUGGGCUGUUCCACCAACCGUCGCUUCUGCUCGCUAACGGCAUGGACGACGACGCAUUCGCAAACAUCACGAUGGACACAGCAUACGUGGCGUCGGUGGACGACAUGGAUCUGUACUUCCAGGAAGACUACCCGACGUGGUCCAGCGAAGACGUCGCGAUUCUCAUGGAGUUUUUCGUCGAUUCCAAGUGCUGACAACGUGACGUCUCAGGCACCCCGACUAGACACUCAUGUUUGCGGGCUGCUCCAUUGUACAUUAACGAACUAUGAACUAUGUAUACUAUCCUCGCGCUGUGCGUCGGCUUGGACUACGAGCGAGCGCUCGAUGGAAUGGCACGCUUCGUCCCACGACACGAGGAAAACCUUUAUACUAUUAUACAAUCUCAUUUCUG